GUUCCUGCCUAUGUGCCUCCAUUUGAGACCCCCUCAUGCAGGAUCAGGGAGUGGAGGCGGCAGCAGCCAGUUUGUGGCACAAGAAGCUGGUCGGGCUGCUGCUGAUUGGCGUGGCUGCCUGGGGAAAAGGCUUCGGCAUUGUUUCCAGCCUCCACAUCAUCGGAGGGGUCAUUGCUGUGGGUUUCUUCCUGCUUCUCAUCGCCAUUGUGGGGCUCAUCGGUGCUAUCAACCAUCACCAAGUCAUGCUCUUCUUUUAUAUGAUAAUUCUAGGAAUAGUCUUUAUUUUCCAGUUUGGAAUUUCCUGUUCAUGCCUGGCACUCAAAGAAAGUAAACAGCAGAUCCUCUUGAGUGGUGCCUGGAAGAUGGUGAAGGACGACAACACCAAGAAUUCAUUGGAAAAUAACUUAAACUGCUGUGGCCUGUUCAACAAAACUGAAUUUGCUGAGACAUUUGAGACUGACGUUGACUCAUGCACCGCACCAUGCAAGAAAGCGAAGACUGUAUGCUCCAGUUGUGGUGAUGUGAUGAUGAAACAUGCAGACGAGGUAUUAAAAAUCCUGGGUGGAGUUGGACUCUUCUUCAGUUUCACAGAGAUCCUUGGAGUGUGGCUCGCCAUGCGCUACAGAAACCAGAAAGAUCCCAGAGCCAAUCCCAGUGCCUUUUUAUAGAUCAGCCACCCCCUCCCCUCAUCCCAUGCCUCUUAUGCCCUUCUUUAGUUAUCCGCUGGUCCCCCGUUCAAGGUCUCCCAUCCCCAUCAUUCAAAAAAACAAAGCAACCUAUCCAGGCCGUGUGUGGGAAGUGGGAAUUUGCCAUGGUGCCAAACUGCUGAUUGGGUGAACCAGCAGAGCAAAGCCUGCCUCCUUGACAUGAAGCCUUUGGCAGGUGGCAAAGAGGACCCCGUGCUAAACGAACAAGCAACAUGGGUCCCUCAAUGGGUCCCUCACCAGUUCAGUUGUGUUAUCGCUGCUCAAUGCUACAAUCACUUGGGUGUUUUUAAAAUGUGUACUUUGGGUUAUUGUA